AUGGCAUCAUCCUCGGACCAACCACGUCCAACGACCACAAACCUCGACGAAGACGACCCCAUCGUCGCCACCUACAACGUCUUCAUCAAGCCGCCCCUCCCUUCCGACCGCAAGCUCGUCGUCCUCCGCUACGUCACCAAGACCGCCCAAGACCCAUCCUCGAUCAAGCCGCCACGGAUCAACAGCUUCCGCGUGAAGCCCGAAACCGGCAUCUACGAGGUCGACAUCCCUCUCGAGACGGGCGAUGGCUACAACAAGCCCAAGGGCAUCGCAUGGGGUGUGGCGCUAGCCAAGAGCAUGGAGUCCAAGAAGGACGGUAGCUUGGGACUGGCUGGUGGUUUCAACAUUGGUGGACAGGGAGGAUCGUCACGCGGUGGUCCUGGUGCUGGUGCUGGUGCUGGUGGCCGUCGUGCUGCUAACAACGGAGACGAUGACCACGAGGCGCAGAAUCUGAGCUGGCCUGAGGCUGUGGCGCAGGGGAAAGCUAUCAUCGACCAGAAGUUGACGGGUAGCCGGAGCGCGGGCGAGGAUUACGUGAAGCAUAUGGUUGGUGUCUUCCAAGGAAGUGAGUCCACCCCACAACCUCCACUUAACCCCCGUAACCUCCCUCGUCCAACUCCGGCCCGUAGCGCCCUACUCGACGCCGCCAACCGAGCAAGACGUCUCUCGCGCCUUGGCCCCGGCCCCGCCGCCAACGGUCCCGCCGACAAGCAGGCGGCUGGCCGCGCGAUCCAUAUGUCCAUCAAGUCGUCAGACACUGGCGGAGCCGGUGCCGCAGCCGAGACCAUGGCGGACCGCUUGCGCGCUGUGCAGACGGAACCCUGGCACAAUCUCAAGUGGUACCACGACGAGCACGGCGAGGCGUGGGACACGUAUAAUGAGUGCAUGCUUUUGAGGUCGAGCGAAGCUGCUGGUAAUGCUGCGCCGGCGGAAGAAGACGAAGAAAAGAAGGAGACAGCAAAGGAAGAGAAGAAGGAUGGGGAGGAAGCUGAGGCGGCGGCGGCGGCAGAACCGACGGACGACAGUGGAGCGCCAGAUCUGGUUGAGAAGGUCAACAGACUGCAGUCGGAUUGGGGCGAAGAGCAGAUCCUGCGGUCGAUCAACGGGUUGGGGCCAGAUGAUAAGAAGCCCGGUGAGGAGGCGGUUUCGGUGCCCUCGGUUUUUGGCACGAAAAAGACCACGGCGACGGCCAAGAAGGUCCAGGUUAGCAACAGCAAGGGAAAGGGAACGGCGGAUGCCAUGCAACUUGACUAG